AGGCCCGUUCCGAUGUCUCGAGAAUAGGAAGCCAUCAUCAUUGAUACCCAGAUACGAAUCUCGCACUUGAAGCAUCGACGCUGACGAUAUCGUUGACCGGACCUUGGCUGAACCCUUUCUCUUCGAAAUCGAUAGAUACUCACAAUCCGCCACGAUGCUCGCUCAACGUGUUGGCGUCGCCGCUCUUCGUCAAGGCGCGACCAAGCCCUUCUUCGCCCAGAACAUUCCCAAGGCUGCUCUCGCUGCUGGAAUCUCUACCUCUUCUCCCCUACGCGCUGUCGGUUCUACCAAGGUCUCUCAACAAGACGGCCAUCAGAUCCUCGUCAACCAGCGCCUCAACCGUCCCGUCUCUCCCCACCUGGCCAUCUACAAGAUCGAGCAGACAUGGUUCGGUAGCUCCGCCUGGAACCGAAUCACCGGCUGCACCCUCUCCGCGACUAUGUACGGUUUCUCCCUCGCCUACCUCGCCGCUCCUCUUGUCGGACUUCACCUCGAGAGCGCAAGCAUCGCCACCUUCGCCGCCGGUCUCCCCCUCGCCAUCAAGGGCGGUAUCAAGUUCACACUAGGCUUCCCCUUCGUCUACCACGCCAUCAGCGGCUUCAAGCAUCUCCUGUACGACGCUGGCAAGGGUUUCGCCAAGACGACUAUUAUCCAGGCCGACAAGUACAUCUGGGCUGCCAGUUUCCUCGGCGCCAUUGGCCUGGUUGCUUUCCUGUAAAAUACCAAAACUGAACGGAGAUGGAAGGAUAUAGAUGGUAUGGUUCGCAGUGGAUGAUACAAUGGAUAAGGGAAGGAGUAUGGCAAGGAUGAGAAACUCGUGUACGAGUAUUAGCCUGAGGGCAUUCCUGACUUUGAGCAAAGAAUUUUAUUAUCUGUACACAAGCGCCUUUAAAUGCUUGAGCCUGUUCUAACCAAUACCUCGUGAGGUAUCGCAACCAAACGCCAUUCGCCUGUCGUGAAUAUUACAUGCCAAGUUCUAAUCCAAGAAUCGAGCAUCCAGGAUUGUCCUGAUCAAUCUCCGAUUACCGGAAGAGGCAAUCUUUUCCCCAAUGAUGGGCCCGAUAAAGUCCUUCAGUUCGGAUAUAUCUGUCUCAACGUUUGCUGUACCAUUGACUCCAUUGGCGUCUGAUUCGACAUGAUCUGCCAGCGAAGCCACAGCUUGUACUAUGCCCUGAACCAGCAUCUCGUAGUCCAUUGUACCCUCUGCCUUUUCCUUCAGAGGCUGCAGGAUCCCCGAGUCAAAAGUCUGCAGGUUACGUAGGACUAGCACGCGGAUUGCUUCUGGACCUCCUGCUUCCAACAGGCCGUGGAUGGCACCGUAGAGAACCGCGGGGGGUUUGGUAGGGUCGAGAAAGUAUUUGAGGCAUGUCCUCGUCAACUUGGGCCGUAGGAGUGUGUUGGAAGCCGAGUAUUUGCGCGCAAUUCGUCCAACCAGAGAUGCAGCCAGCUGUCGAAGAUCAUACUGCUCCUUGAGAGCAUCUGUCCCCUCAUCAGUGCCCAAUUUUCUCGCCAUCAGACAAGUAAGAGCGGGGGCUGAGAGGGGGCUGGCGUAGGGAUCCAGGAAAAGGCUCUUGUUCUCGAUGAGAGCAUUCGUCAACUCCAUCAUCUGCUUAAGAGUGAAGGUGUCAUCGAGAUGGUGUGUUACUCGGUCCAUGAUGAAGGUGAUGAAGUAUGGGAUGAGCUGGUGAAGACCAGGGUCGUCUCUCACGGAACCGAGAGCGGCUUGCCGUAGGCGUACCACUUCUUCGUCAGGAUUGUCGUCGAGAACAGCAGCCUGGAUUUUAUCAAAGUAGAGUAUGAGCUCCUUGCUCACAAUGUGCUUAACGGAUGGUUUCAUGGAGACAUUGUCAUUGCCUGCCAAGGCGGACAAGGCAGGGUUCGCACCAGGUCCCUUGGGGAGGAGUUCCUGCGAUCGAGAUUCGGAAGUCGUGGGGUUCUGAGGGAUGGAAGGCUGGACACCUUCGAUGGCGAGCCAGUGCGCUGAAGACGUUAGCCUGGAAUCAUGCGCUGACCGGAAAACAUACCUGUAAAACCCAUGUCGCGCGGCACCUUAGGCAGAGGCGCAUUGAUGAGCUUCUCAAAAUCGACCUCCUCAUCCUCAAUGUAGAAUAGAGGCUGGCCAGGUCCAAGGCUGGCCUCGCCGUAUCGUAGCGGACGCGUAGAAUCGUAGCCGUAGAGGGGCUCAACGUCGAGCGCCUUGAGCGCGAGGGAGAUAUCGUUGACGGUAAGGGUUGUUCUGCGGGCGGCACGCAUGAAGCGCAGAGACUCCACGAUGACCUGGCCGACUCGGUAUUCGACAUCCUGUGUCAAGCACUUGAGCGCCUCUUCGUUGAGAGAGCUGAUGCCAACCGACUCUGCGACAUCCUUGACAUUAUCAGGAUUCCAGAGCAGUUUGGGGGUAUCGGUAGCCAUGGCGCUGGUAGACGCGCAGGAAGGCGCUGACUUCGGUGAUGCGAUUCAGAGGGCAGUGCAGGUGGGUUCAGAUGGUGUCGAAGGAAGUGUAAGGUAUAUUAUUGAGUUGCGUGAAUGUGAAGCUUGAC